ACAUGUAGUAAGGGGACUUGCUGCAGCCUGACUGAUCUGCUUUAUCUUACAGACUGCAGGAGCGGGGCUGCAGCCUUUCACAUCAGUGCUGUUUGGCAUGGCCAGAGGGAUCUGCAGAAAUCAGCUGCGACUUGGAACACUUAGCGUGCAUCCUUCUGCAACUGCAUGCAUGGAGAUCAGCAGGAAGAAGCAGCCCCUGAGCCUUCCCAAAGCAGCAGGAACAAGCCCUGGGAAGCCAAGCACAGCCCACCCGGAGCAGCAGAGGCACCAAAUGCAUGCGGGCGGGGAGCUUCCUUGCAGCAUGAGACCGUGAGGUCAGGGAAACUCUGCAGGGGCUUCUCUGCAGUGUGGGGCUCUGCUUACCAAUGAAGUUUCCCAAGUAAAGGCCAGGGAGGAUCUGCAGGACACAGAGAGAGAUGUCAGUCUGUAAGCAUUGAACACAUGCCAUGGUACGUACCCGGUGCACUGGGGUUCCCCUGUCUGCCUUAGCACCGUUCACCACGUGCUUUCCCUCCCCUGGACUCCAUCCCACCCCAUGCUGCUGGCUGGGCUGUGUCCAGUGCACCUAAUCCUGCCACGACAGAGCUGCAUGGACACAGGCUCCUGCCUGUGGGGUUGAUGGCACAGUGGGGUAUGGGAGAUGAGCACAGCUGCUCAGUGGUGUCUGUGAUGCAGAAGCAGAGGGACUGAGCAGAGGGACUUGAGCCAGGGUGAGCCUGGCCUCAGUCAAAAUGGCAAAAGUCCUGCCAUUAAAAUGAGUACCUAAAUCACCUCUCUGCUGUCACCUCACUACCUCAAGGCCUGGAGCAGCAGCAGUACCCAGGGAAGCUGGAGGACAAGAUCCAGGAUAGCCCAGGCCAGUGCUGGUAGAGCAGGGAGUGAUCAGACAUGAUCUCCCACAGCCCCAGGUCUGCUCUGCUCUACAAGGAGUCCAUUUCCAACAGGACUGGGAUAGAUUGCUCUGGACACUGUAUAUUAAGUUCAUUUGCCUUGAGAAACUUCACUUCUUUUGAUGAAAAGAAAAUUAGGAUUAACAGCCUGUACACACUUGUGUGUGGUUGGGUUUGCUUCCAGCUUCUCUCUGCUGCAUGUUUGGUGGGCUGUGGUGAUUUCUACAAACACGGUGCUGGAAAAGUUUCCUGCCCCCCUCAGAGGGGUUUGCUGUGACCUCCUGUCCUCUACACUUUGGAGCGUGCCUGCCAGUCCUGUUCAAAGCAUGCGUGCCCUAACAGAAAUGGCUGGAGGUGGCUGUCAGGACAAGCCUUUGCUGCAGCCUCACACAGUGUCCCUGCCUGCUUCUGAUUUUGCUCAGCCUUCAGGUGAAGCUGCCGUUCCCACUCCGGAUGCUGCCUGGGAAGGUUUCUGUCAUGAAGAGCUUGCUCCUGGGGGAAAGCUGCUUGUGACAAGGGGCUCGAUUGCAGCACACGGAGCCCACUCCCCCGUCUGCAGAGGGAGACAGAAGAGACCUCGUCCGCUUCCCCUGCGUCUUCUGCUGAAGCCCUUCCCCAGCACCCGCCUCCCUCGCACCGACUGCUCCUUCUUACCGGGAGGAGACAAAGGAGGAGAAACUCCACCUCUGAGCGGUGGUGUGGGAGCGCUGUGCUGUCUGCUGACAGCCGCCGCUGCCAGCGUGGACGGACAAGGCUGCAGUGUGAAGAGAAGAACAAAACCUUUGUCCCGUUCGAUCAAGGGCGGUCUGUUCAGCCCAGAGGCAUGCCCAGCCCUCGCUGUGAUGGUGGUGGGGGUAUGAGACCCCUACAUCCCAGCAGGACAGCAGGCUGGCAGUGACAGCCACUCCGCGUCCACCCGGGGGUUGUUCCCCCCGGGUAGACGCGGAGUGGCUGUCACUGCCCUGAUGGGACAGGGAAGUGCCAUCACCUGUCCCUGAGUGCUGGUGAUGUGGCUGCGGAUGGCCCAGCGCUGGCUCUGGGCCUGGAUCGGCCUCCAGCUCAGGACACCCAGCCCACCCACAGCCCCUGGCCUGCACCCACCCCACAGGCAGCUGGGUGCCACAGGGGCAGAGGACGAGCUCACAGCGCUCCUUCCUGUGGCCAGGCACAGAUCCAGCACAACCCCGGCGCCCUGCGGCCGGGGCGGGGCCUGCAGGGUGGGGCCGAGGCCUGCAGGCCGCCGCUCCCCGCGUCCCGCAGAGGACAAAGCAGCGCCCGGCGGAGCGCGGAGGGGCCGGGCUGGGCCGCGUUGCCGGUCCUACCCGCGGUGGGGCCGCCCCGCUUCCCCUCCCGCCGCCCCUCGGCCGCCCCCGCGUCCGCUUCAAGUGCGGCUUCUCCGGGCCCGUCCUGGAUGUGCUGCGCUGCCGGCCCGGCUGGCAACAGGCGAGGAACUGAGUCGGAAGAACUACUUAGUAAAGAACCUGAAGAGGUUUCGGAAGCAGUUAGAAAGAGAAGCAGGAAAGCUUGAGGCAGCAAGAUGUGACUUUUUUCCAAAGACCUUUGAAUUGCCUUUAGAGUACCAUUUGUUUGUGGAAGAAUUUCGCAAGAAGCCUGGCACCACUUGGAUCAUGAAACCGGUUGGCAGGUCACAAGGCAAAGGAAUUUUCCUGUUCCGAAAACUGAAGGAUAUCUUCGACUGGAAGAUGGAUGGUGGCCGCACGAAUGAGCAGAAGGAUGAAACACAAAUAGAGACUUAUGUAGUUCAGCGGUAUAUUGAAAAUCCAUACUUAAUAGGAGGUCGAAAGUUUGACUUAAGAGUUUAUAUUCUAGUGACAUCUUACAGCCCACUGAAGGCCUGGUUAUACAGAGAUGGAUUUGCUCGCUUUUCUAGCAUGCGUUUCACUCUGAACAGCAUAGAUGAUCACUAUGUUCAUCUCACCAAUGUGGCAGUGCAAAAGACUGCACCCGAUUACGAUCCUGAGAAGGGCUGCAAGUGGAUGAUUCAGCAGCUCAGACAGUACUUGACUGCCAGACAUGGAACAGGAUUGGUGGAAGUUCUCUUUGCGGAUAUGGACAACAUUUUCAUCAAGAGCCUCCAGAGUGUUCAGAAAGUGAUUAUCAGUGACAAACGCUGCUUCGAGCUCUAUGGCUAUGAUAUCUUGAUCGAUCGGGACCUGAAACCCUGGCUUCUGGAGGUCAAUGCAUCACCUUCCCUUGCUGCCAGUAGCCAGGAAGACUAUGAACUCAAGUGUCACCUGCUCGAAGACACACUUCAUGUUGUGGACAUGGAGGGCAGGCUGACUGGGAAGGAGAAGCGCGUUGGUGGGUUUGACCUGAUAUGGAAUGAUGGACCUGUCAGCAGAGGAGGAAACCUGGGUGCUUUGGUGAAUGGGAACUUCGUGGCAAACACACACUUAGGUAUGUACUCACCCAAUGCUGGCACGGUGCCCUGCUCACGUCCUUUCCUCAACACGAGGAGAGCACACCCCUUUCACUCAAGAACAAGAGAACAGGGAACAUCGACUCUUACAGGAGUCCAAGAGGGAAAAAAAUGCUUUCCAAAUGUGGAUGUGAGCAACUGGAUUACAGCAGUACUACUGAAAUCAAACACACAAACAUGGAGGGAACAAUAUUGCUUAUAGGCCUGCUUUUCAAGCUUUAAAUUGUUGCAGUUCUUCAUACGUCAGCUUUGCUGAAGAUCCUAUUUACAGCCAUUGCAGUAGAUGUUUAAUAAGCAUUCCCCUAAGGCUAGUUGUUCUUGGUUUUUUGUUCUUUUUCCUUAAUGUUAUGUAGUAGUGCUUGGAUUCUGAAGUCAUACUUCUGAGAGGCUAACAUGUGUCUUCAGUUUAUUUUGUAGUACUUAGCUCAGUAUACCUAGUCAUCAUUGGCUGUAGUUCAUAAAUAAAACAUGAAUGCAGCUUCAAUUGAAA